CAUUUUUACCAGUACCAGGAUCGCAUAUAUGCAUUCAUAUUCUCUCUUGUUUAUGCGCACAGCCAUAAUCAUUAGCUCCUGGGGCUCUCUAGGGUACAUAUUCACGCCCGUAUUGGUUCUAGGGCAGGUGUCCUACACUUCAAUUUGAAGCCCCUUUGAACAUUUCAACAAAACAAAAAAAAACCCUAGAAUCCAGAGGAACUUUGCGGGACGACGAAUUUCUUUCAAUUGCUUGCAAUUCCUGCUCCGUAUUUCGUGACUCAGGAAGCAUAGAUGCACUGAAUGUGCUCUUGUAGUCAAUGCCGAGGUUGAUUUGAUGGGAGGAGUUGCUGAAGGCGGACCUGGUGGUGGUACCAGAACCUCUCCUUGGAGUGCAUCCCUUGAGAAAGUUCAAGAAAAACUUAGGCAGGAGUUUGAUGUCCGAGAGGAAAGCAGAAGGCAAUUAGAAUUUCUUGAGAAAGGUGGGGACCCACUGCAGUUCAAAUAUGGAAAUGCUGCUUCAGUUAGUGUCCAGUCCACUUCAUUGACACAACCAGAUCAGUUCGGCAUUAGCGAAGCAAAAUGUAGUUUUGCAUACACUGCAUCACCUCAUGGAGAUUCUGUUGAAAGCAUUGGUAGGCCUGGGACCACUCAACUUUGUGAACCAAAUAGUGCUGAUAACCUUUUGUUAUUUGAUGGUGAAAAUGUAAGUGUCCAAGGGGAACGGAUGUCUAGACAUCUUGGUAGGACUGUAGGUUCUAUGUUGGAACAGUCAACCCAGAUGCACGGAAAUAGAGGUGCUAAGGAAUUAGGAGAUUCUGCAGCUUUUGAUGUUCCACGAAAAGCGUACAAGCGGCGGUUCAGGCCCCGGACAAAUCGUGAUGGUGGCAGAUCUAGUUCCAACGAUACCCUAGUUUCCGUUGGAUGUGGAUCUUUGCCUUCCCACAAUGGUUUCACUGAUGCAAAAGGAGUGACUGUUGAUGCAAAGAACAAGACCAUCCAAAAUGGUAUAGGGCUUCCAGCAAGUGCAAAUGAUGAUGUGCCUUGUAAAACUAUACCUUCUAAAAAUCAAGAUAAUUUGGAGUCUGCUGGUGGGAAGGCUGCAGAGUCAACAGCAGGUGCAAUGAAAGGUGGUGAGCAUAUUGUACCAGAUAUUAUAUAUUCUAACGAUGAAGUAAAUAUCAAGCAAGGCCAGUGUUUAGUAGAUGUUUCUCAAGAAAGUCCAAUUGAGGUGGCCCGUGCAGGACCUGAGUCAUUGCCAGAAAAAGAGAAGAUUGGCCUUGCCGGCCAACUCUGUGGGGAUUCUGUAAAGGUUGACAACCUACCGGAUUCCAGCCAGAUAUACGGGUUAUCCAGUGCAAAUGGUGACAAGAAACACCUAUCAAACAACAAUGAGAUGUUGCCCACCAAGGGUUUAGAGCCCAAGUUGUCUUGCACUCACACCUGUCAUCGUAUAGAUGGAAAUACUGAAAGUGAAAUGCGUGCUAACUUAAAAGUGUUAGAUUCCUAUGUGGAUACAAAGGUUAACCCCUCAUUGCCUGAAGGAAUAACAAUUACAGAAAUGAAAGACGUGGAAGAUUGCAAGGCUGAUGACGGUUGUCCUUUUAUUGGAGAAGGAUGCAAUCCUAUGCAUAAAACUGACCAAAAUAUUGACUUCGGACUAAAGCCAUUGAAAGAACUAGCUAGAAGUGAACCUGAUCUCCACGAUAAGGCAAAAGAUAGAAAUCUUAUUGAAGGCAAGGAAUCAGUCAGCUUCCCUUCAUCAGAAACUGAUUCAAAACAGAUUGUAGCUGUAGGCGACAAUUCUAACCAUCGAAAUGACAAGGCGUAUGGUGUUGACCUUCAGGUUUCAAUUGAUUCAUCCAUUCCACAGCUUGUGGAAGCCACUCCAAUUGAUGAAGUUCCAAGUGCUCCCUCUGUGGGACAUCAAUCUGAGGUCAACAUCCAACUGGUUAGCAAAGUUGAUGAAGAUUCAAUAUUGGAAGAGGCACAAAUGAUUGAGGCAAAGCACAAGAGGAUCACAGAGUUUUCUGCUGUAGGCUGUCCAAUGGAGAAUCGCCAAAGAUCUCACUGGGAUUAUGUGCUUGAAGAGAUGGCUUGGUUGGCCAAUGAUGUUGCACAGGAGCGUCUCUGGAAAAGGACCGCUGCCUCUCAAAUCUCUUAUCAUGCUGCUUUUGCCGCUCAGUCGGGAUUCCAAGAACCAAACAGUUGUUGGAAGCAAAAAACUAUAGCUCAUAGUUUGGCCAAGGCUGUUAUGGGAUUCUGGCAUUCGGUGAAGGGGUCUAUGAACAACCUGGUGCUGCAAUGUCCCAACAAAGGUUCUGGUUCUGCUAUCAAGGAAUAUGCCGUGAGAUUUCUGGCGUAUAAUUAUAAUGAGCAUGCAACACCAGGCAAGAUAGCUGAUUCAGAAGUUACAGACUUGUCUUGGCAAGACCAUUUGACAGAAGAGAAUCUCUUCUAUACUGUGCCCUCUAAUGCAGUUGCAAUGUACAGACAAUCUAUUGAAUCUCAUGUGCUACAGUAUGAGAAAGUUGGCAGUAGCAUGCAAGAGGAGGUUGAUAUGUAUGCUCGUGAGGCUGUUGCAGACUUUGGGUCUCAAGAUCAUGCCUAUGAAGAGGAUGAAGGGGAAACAAAUGCAUACAACAUGAAAAUUACCUUUGUAGGUAGCAACCCGUCUAGAUUUGCCCAGAAAAAGCAUAAAAUCAAGAUGCGGACAAAUAAUGGAAGAUCGUAUGACAUUGGUGCCCACUUAUCGUUUUCCCACGGUGUUGAAAAUAAAGUAUUGAACCAACGGUAUUUGAACCAGUCUAAACGACCUUGCAGCAGUAUGAAUGUGUCUUUUCCAACAAAACGCAUACGAACUGGUUCUAGGCAAAGAGUUUUGAGCCCAUUUAUUGGUAGCACAUCAAGUCAUCAGCUGCCCCUCAAGACAGAUGCUUCAAGCGGUGAAACCAGUUCGUUUCAAGAUGAUCAGAGCACUUUACAUGGAGGAUUACACAUAUCAAAUACUUUAGAAGUUGAAUCUGUAGGGGACUUGGAUAAACAAUUACAGUUUGACUCUACUGAAGCAUUUAGCAAACCAAAAAAGAAGAAGAAGGCCAAGUUUCUGAAUUCUGCAUAUGAACAGAGGUGGCUGAAUGAAUCUGGUUUUCAAAAUGAGCAGAGAGAGAAUUCCAAAAAAAGGAUGGAUGGUCUUCAAAUUGAAUCCAACUGCAAUGCCGGUCUAUAUGGUCUUCAAGUUUCAAAGAAGCAGAAGAUUAUGCGACCCUUAAUGGAAAAUUCUUUUGACAAUGCAUCUCCUGUUGGGGGGUCCAUCCCAUCGCCUGUGGCAUCCCAAAUGAGUAAUAUGUCCAACCCCAAUAAAAUAAUAAAAAUGCUCACUGGCCGCGAUCGCAGUAGGAAGGGCCGAAAUUCAAAGAGCCCAGCUGGACAUAUCACUUCAGGAAGCCAAUGGUCACUACUUGAGGACCAGGCACUUGUUGUAUUGGUGCAUGACAUGGGGCCAAAUUGGGAGCUUGUGAGUGAUGCGAUCAACAGCACUUUGCAAUUUAAGUGUAUAUAUCGCAAACCUAAGGAAUGCAACGAGCGGCAUAAAAUAUUAAUGGACAAAACUAAUGGUGAUGCUGCCGACAGUGCUGAAGAAUCAGGACCUUCUCAACCUUAUCCUUCAACAUUACCUGGUAUCCCCAAGGGAAGCGCAAGACAAUUGUUUCAGCGUUUGAAGGGUCCAAUGGAAGAGGAUACCCUCAAAUCUCAUUUUGAGAAAAUCAUCUUGAUAGGGCAAAAGUAUCUAUUUCAUAAAACUAAGGGUGAUAGCCGUGAGCCGAAGCAACUACAGCAACCACACAGCUCGCAUGCACAUGCUCUUUCUCAAGUAUUCCCAAAUAAUAUGAAUGGGGUACCACUAUUAACGCCGCUGGAUCUUUGUGAUGCAAGUCCACCACCUAGUUCGGACAUGGUUUCUAAUGGACACCAUAGUCCAAGUACAUUAGCUGUUUCCAGCCCCACAGGUCUUCUUGGGGUUGCAUCUGCCUCCACAUCUGGUACGAAUUCUUUCCUGCAAGGGUCUUCUAAUAUGGCUGCUGGAAACAACUUUCCACCUUCUUCAACUACUCCAAAUGCAACAGCAGUCAGGGAGGGCCGAUAUUCUGUUUCAACAUCUGCAUCUGUGCCACCAUUUACUGAACCACAGAGAAUGCACCCGUGUAAUCGUGUGCUGCCAGGGAGACCUAAUUCUUCUUCCCCAUCAGGUGCUUUUCCAGGGGCUAGCCCCAGUGUCCGUAUGCUGCCAGGUGGCUCUACCAGAGGUGGUAUGCCAGUUGUGAGACCUGGCUUUCAGGGAAUUAUUCCCACAUCGCCUAUGUUAAAUUCUGGGAGCAUGAUCUCCUCUGUAAAUAUGCACUCUGGAAUCGGCUCCAAUAAUAAUAAUAAAGGGAACCCAAUGUUCAGACCUCAUGAUGCCUUGAAUGUGAUGCACCCCACCCCUCAAAGUAACAGCCAAUUAAUUCCUUCAUUUAGUGGGGGUCUGAAUUCAUCAUACCCCAAUCAGAUCCCCUCUCCGCCUUCAUCAUCAUAUGCAGUAGUACAUCCACAAGGAUCUAACAACCAUGCAAUAAACAACCCUCAGAAACAAGCUCUUAUUCAGCUCGCGAAAGAGAGGCAGUUUCAACAGAGACUCUUACAACAGCAGUUUGGUGCAUCAAAUCCUGUGAUUCCCUCCCCGCCCUUGCAAAAUGGUCCCUCCCAAAUUGCAUCACAAACCUCUCCACCCACCACGUCACUUUCUCCCAUGCCGUCUCAUUCUUCCCCAAUGACUCCAGCGCCACAUAAUCAACUGAAACAACAAAAACAUCCAAUACCACCACCUCAUGGGCUGGGCCGAAGUGGUGCUCAAGGUGGGGCCAGCGGAUCGCCUAAUCAGGUGGUAGGUAAGCAACGGCCUCGACAGACGCAGAUGCAGCAUCAACAGAGUAGCAGGAGUCAUCUUCAGCAACGUCAGCAAUUGCAGCCACAUCAGCAAGCUAAACUCAUGAAUGGUGCAGGGAGAGGAAAUGUGAUGAACGGGUCGGCUUCAAGCCCAGCUCAACCUUCAAAUCCUCCGGUGGCCAUUUCUAAUACACAGAUUCCUCAACCUAUGCAAAAGAUAUAUCCUGUAAAUGCUUCUUUGCUGACAGAAUCUCCUCAGCAAAAACCUUCUUGCUCUGAGGAUGUGAACCAAGGCCAUGGUCCACCAACUGCCUUGGGCUCCACGUCUUCUUCCGAUCAUCAACCGCCAUCACAUCCACCUCGGUUGCAUCAAAAGAACUUGACAAAUCAAAAUCAACCUAAUUCCCAGAGAGUAGCUAAGCAUACCGUGUGCACUUCUUCUUUGGUGGGCUCAAACAUGUCGGCACCUCAAGAUGGCAGUGAUGCAGCUGACGUAGGGAUGGUCAAUAUUUCCCAAUGGAAGGGUGUGGAGCCAUUGCUUGAUUCCGGUGGGGCCUUACCAGAAGUUAGCAGUAACCUAACGGACUGUGAUAUUGCUUCACAAGUUGCCCCGCCGGGAAUGAGCCGGAGGAGAUCCUCAGGCAACUUGUCCCCUGAGGAAGGGCACAAUGCUGGUGUACAAUUGCAGCAGUCACACUUGGCCCUGCACGAACCCCAACAUCAGCAUCAGUCAGGGGUUGUAGGAGCAGGGAAUAACAGCUUGUAUGAUCGGCCAAGCAACUCCGGACCAGACUGAGUUUCGCUCAACGGAUGUGAGGGUCUAGUGUUUGUGUGGCUGGCUUUACUCUGUUUGGAUCAGCAUGCUCCGGAAUUAAUGUGUACAGAAGUCAUGUCCAUCGGAGCGCAUUAUUCACAGUGGUAAUUCCAGGGUUUGCUCAAGUCAAGCAAUGACAGAGGGCUAAAGUUUUUUUGGGGCUCUUUUUUUUUCUUUUGUAUAUUACCUACCCUACUUGUUUUAGAUCCUCAGGCAGAUAGGACCCACAAAGAGCUGUAUACAGGGUCAUGUUUUCUUCUUCUUUGCUUGUUUCUGUUUUUUUCUUCUUCUUCCCAUCCUAUUGUUAGAAGCCCUUCUAAUCCUUAGUUCCCUGUGAAUGGGAACCCCCAUUUGUUUGUUCCAAUAGGUCAACCCAUGUAUUAUUGCUCUUUUUUGUAUUAUUAUGGGGGCUUAGAUGUCAUUUUUAUAGCCAAAGGCUAUUAUGGGGAUUUUUUUCUCUGUGUGAAUAUAUAUUAGUGUUGUUA